AUGUUAUUCGAUACAAUCUAUCAUACAUAUAAACAUCUUUGGACUGAUAUAUCGUUGGCCAGUUGGAGAAAAUAUCCGACACCAGAUAGACCAGAUGUAUUAAGUGUAGAUUUACUGUCAAAGGAAAUCGAUCCAGAGACAGGAGUGCUGACAUGCACCAGAUUGAUUAUAUGUAAAGGUUCGAUGCCGACUUGGUUGAAGCCAAUCGUUGGUAGUAACGAGUGUUUCUUCUACGAGGAGACAACUGUCGAUCCAAAAACACAAACGAUGGUCUUGAAAACCAAGAAUCUCUCAUUCUCUAACAUCUUGGGUUUGGAAGAGGUGUGCACCUACACACCCGAUCCAAGCAAUGCAGAGUGGACACAGUUCAAACAGGAAGCCAAAGUUACAUCGAGUGUCUUUGGUGUCGCGCGUAAGCUAGAGGCGUUCUGUCUGGAGCGAUUCAAAACCAAUGCGACCAAGGGUCGUGCCAUCAUGGAGCAGGCCAUCCAGAAGGUGAAGCACGAAGCAGAGGAGAUCGAGCAGACCAUCGACAAGGCAAUAAACACCGUCGUUCACGAGGCAGAGGAGCAGUUGCACUCGAUCGACAAGAUCAUCACCACAGCAAAACUCGAGGCCGAAGACACCUUUGCCGAACUCGAAGCAAAACUAGACAAAGCACUCAACAACGUUAAAGCAAGAGACGCAUCGAUGGAGGAAAGAAUUACGAAUUUCGAUAAAGCAUUUUCAAGUUUGCGAGCGGAACUGACUUCCGAUCGUUUAGGUAUUCCUUUUACAAGAACAGAGUUUACAAAAUAUACACCAAACGGUAUAAAUAAAUCUUUAUAA